AUGGGACAUAAAAACGUCACAGAAUUUGUCCUCCUGGGACUUUUUAGUGAUGAGAAUGUGAAGGUUGCCUGCUCUGUGCUGUUCUCACUUUGCUAUAUUGCGAUUCUCUCAGGAAAUCUGCUCAUUCUUCUCACCAUCAGGGGCAGCCGCCUGGGUGAGCAGCCCAUGUAUUUUUUCCUCAGCUACUUUUCCUGCAUGGAUGUCUGCUUGACCUCCACAGUGGCCCCCAAACUCAUCACUGACUUGUUGGCCCAGCAGAAGACCAUCUCCUACAACAGCUGCCUGGCCCAGAUGUUUUAUGCCCACUUCUCUGGUGUCACUGAGAUCUUCAUCUUGGUGGCCAUGGCCUAUGACCGCUAUGCGGCCAUCUGCAGACCUCUUCACUAUAUGCUCAUCAUGAACAGACAGGUGUGCUAUGUCCUUGUAAUGGUGUCUGCUAUGGGAGCUUUCAUCCAUUCAAUCCUGCAUGUAUUGAUUAUUACUGGACUUCCCUUCUGUGGUCCCAAUCAGAUAGACCACUAUUUCUGUGAUGUAUUCCCCUUGCUGAAGCUGGCCUGCAUUGACACUAGCCUGUCGGUUAUUGCAAUCAUUACCACCACAGGAGUGCUGUCCAUCUUGACCUUUGUCACCUUGGUAAUUUCUUACAUCAUCAUCCUGUCCACCCUGAGGACUCGCUCCUCCGAGGGCUGCCGCAAAGCCCUCUCCACCUGUGGCUCACACAUCACUGUCGUGUUCAUGUUCUUCCUGCCCCUCAUCUUCACCUAUGUCCCCUUGGCGGCAGAUUCGGUCAGUAACGACAAGGUUUUUGCCCUCUUUUACACCAUGAUUGCCCCCAUGUUCAACCCUCUCAUCUACACACUGAGAAACACAGACAUGAAGACUGCCAUGAGGAAAGUGUGGUGCCAAGAUCAACUCUCUGAAGGGAAAUGA